UUCUUCAUUUAAAAAGUGAUUCCAGAGUUUUGUUUCUUUGACUUCUCUUAUAGUGUGAUGUGCAUUGCCAAUAAAUUUCAAAUAAUUGCAUGAAAACUGCAUCAAUUAAACGCGUGCGUCUAGGAAUCAUCAAAAUAUUGUCAAUAAUAAAUCUAUUAAGUCUAAAAUAAAAAAGUGAAGUUAAGUGACAAACUAAGGUCAAAAUCUUUCGACGCUUCUUGCGUUGUCAAUGCAAAGUCGACAGCUGCAUAAAUACUGCGGCCCCGAAAUGGCCGAAGAUUUGCAAUGAUGUCAGACUGCUUAUGUGAAUUUGCUUGCCCUUGUUAGUUUUGUUUGUUGUGGCCGAAAUACUUUUGUGUUAAGUUUGCUUUACUUGGGUUCUUCUUUAGUUUAUGGAAACAUUCAUAUAUUAAAAAAAGUCUAUCUCAAGGAAAGACGUUUCAUUCCCUAAAAGGAGAAGCAGUACGUCGAAUUUCGGUGCAGAAAUCCCCGAAAAAUGUUCCAAACACUCGGAUUAAAAAACAAAAUUAUAAAAAAUAUAAAGAAGUUGUAUAGAACUAGAAACAUUUAUGGUACAUUUAUGGAAAUCCAAAUACACUUAAGUUCAGAACUAUAAGCGCGUUCAAAUCUACCAGUUCGGGCUCUCUUGCGAACUGAUUCUUUAUUCAACAGCAUGGCUGCCGCUACACGAAAUAAUCCUAAUGAAGAAAAUGGAGAGAGCGGGGGGAGUGGUACCAGGGCCAACACCAGCAGUAACAAUAACAACAACAAUAACAGCAGUUGUAACAACAACAACAAUGACGACAGUACAAGCCGUAAUCAACCAGUGAUGGACGAAAUGGAGAUGAAAUUGAAGCGUCAAACGCUGGAACAACGCAAACAGGAUCUGGAGCGGGUACUUAGCGAAAAGAAUUGGCUGCUGCAACAAAUACAAAAACAAGAGACGCAAAUAUUUAAUGGCAACUAUGAGUACUUGAAUGUAAAUGAUAUCUUUGCAAUGUUGGCACGACAAUAUAAGAAAGAAUUCGGUGGCAUUGGAGCCGGCGAUGUUGGUAGCACCGCUGUUCUACGGCGGAAAACAAUAAGCGGAACCUGUAAGGAUAAUCCGGCAAACCACAACAAUACAAGCAAUAACAACAAUCGCCAAUCAGAAAUUUCAAAUCGUUCAUCGGAAUAUGACAAUUAUCCUGCUGGGGAUUCGAGUAUUAGUGACACCAAUACAGCCAGUCUUAAUGUUGGCGCUGCGCAACAACAGCUGACCAAGAGUCAGUCAAUGAAGAAACGUAGCACCACAACGCCUACUACGACAUCUGUGGGCAACUACAAUUACUUGCAAGCACAGCAGAGACAGCAACAGUUGCUGCAGCAGCAGAUGUUGCAAAAUCACAUGCAAUAUUCGGAUUUGAUCCAACAUCAGCACUACCAUCAUCAACAACAUCAGAUGCUUCAAUAUCAUCAGGGGCAUGAGGAGCAACAGCAACCGCAGCAACAACAGUACAAGCAGCAAAUCUCCCCUUCACAGUCGCAAUCGCGACACUAUCCAGCUGACACUAUUUCAUUGUACUCCGUUAAUUCAGCGAGUGUUGCCACUUUGCGUCAGCAACACAUUGCACCACAGCAACAGGCGAUUGUAGUGCAAUGCGACCGCUACUAUCUAUCGCCCACGCAUCAGAGCUACAAUGAUGGUGGUUUCAUCAAGUCCAGUCAAAAUAUUAAAAAAUAUGUUUCGCCUCAGGCAUCGCCAACGCAUCACGGGGUCAUACAACAUUCACAGCAUCCUUACCAACAAGAUUUGCAAGUGACAACAGCAGCUGCGGCCGAACAAAAGUAUCAGCACCACCAGCAACAACCGCAACAACAACAAAAAUGUAUACCACUCCAGCAGCUGCAAUCUCACAUCUUACUACAUCAGCCGCAGCAUGCUUCUAGUAGACAGCUAGAUGCCAUCUCGCUAGCUCCUUCGUACAUCUCUGUCGAUGUGGAAAGUGCAGCAACACAUAAUCCGCGCUGGCGGUCCCAAAGCAAUCUGCCACCCAUUUCACCACAUACACCACCACACAGAGGAUUGGCAUACAAUCAAAGUCAAAUCGCUGCAGACACGAAGUCGCAUUCAAGUGAUAUGUUGUCAAGUAAUGCAUAUUAUAACACAUCCGCAGCGCUGCCGGCAGCAUCAAUUAAGUCACUGACGAAGCCUCUCGACGAAAUAUCCAUUUCUUCGUUGAAUAGCGAAACGCAAAAAACCAAACCACCGAAACCCAAACAGUGGAUGGAGUCGUCUCUAGAUGGUCCGGUAAUGCGGCAAGCACCAGCAGCCGGCGGUAAUUCUGCACAUUUGCAGGACAUAUUCCAUAACACAACCAGUUCACCACGCAUGCCAACAAAUAAAUCACAAACGGGCGCGGCCCUCUGUCUGGGGGUGGUGGGGGGCAGUGGCCCAAGUGUCCCACGUGAACGUGGAAAGCUCUCGUCACAGUCCAUGUCAUGCGCCUCACGCCAUUACUCCAUGUCCGCAGCUUCGCACAAAAACCCAUAUUCCCAAACAAAAAUGCUACAGGAUGACGAUGGACGCUACGCCAAACUAAGUCAGUCUACAUCCUAUCUCAAUAGUAGGGAGUCACCUUCAAUAUCGGCUGCAUAUCCAUUGGACGGAAGCACGAACAGUACCACCAUUGAACUACCAACACCGACAACAAUAUUCAAGUACUUGCCGCCGAAACCCAGUACCGCAGUAAAUGCUGCUCGCCAGCUAACUCCACCACCUCCUCCACGGCCACCACCUAUUGCCGAGAAAGCCAUGGGAGUAGGUGGUGGUGUUAUAGUUACCAAUGCUGGUGUAGUAUCCAGCGCUUUGUCCCCGACGGAUAUACGUAUUGAAUCGCCAAAAAAUAUCACAGUGGUAAAACCAGCUACUUUCCGGCCGUAUCAGGAGGAGACCAAACCUUUUGAAAUGUCAGAUUUUUAUAAAUAUUCUACUAAGUUUCGACAAAAAGAGCCAUCAGCUCCGAAUUUAGAGCAUUAGAAUUAGUGAAUGUGCUGAAUUACGCAAAGUAGACAAGCAUCACAUUUUAAAUGACUUCACAUUUUAUAAAAUUUGAAGCAAUGGGGUCAGUUAGGAAAUAUUAAUACAUAUUAGAUCAAUGACUUUAUAGACUUGAAACAGUUUUAUGGAAUUAUUAGUGUACUAUUACUUUUUAUAUAUGUAUGCAUGCAUAUACAUACAUACGUUGUUAAAAUUUGCGUAGUUUAUAGAUCGGUAACUUAUGUAAGAACACUAGGGAUAGUGAGAACCAUGAUCACUACAAUUCAUGUAUAUAGGAGUGCUGGAAAACAAGAAAACCCAUUAUGAAACUAAGAAAUUAGAGAAGCCUUAAUAUAUCGUCGCUUGGCGUGCAAUACCUCGCAAUCGCCAAAUGCAAUACCACGUAUGAGGUGACUGAGAAAAAAAAUAUUUUCGGUACCCUGUCUCAGCGCUUGCCUACUUCACAAAUUUAAUUGUCAAUCAUUUUAGUAGAAGCUCAUAUUUAAUAAAUUCAGUUAAAAAACCAUUCAAAAGUUGAAAAGAAAAUAAGUUUAUUUGCACUUUUGCGAAAUUUUCGGACCAUCGUAUGCGUGGUAUUGCAUUUGGUGUUCACGAGGUAUUGCGCGCCAAGCGACGAUAUGUAUGUAUAGGAAGCUUUACUUGAUACCAGAUAAGGUAAUGCAACUACACCCAUCGAAACUAAUUUUAUAAAAAAGACUUGUUAAAUUUUGAUAUACAUAGAUAAACUUUUCAAAUUUUUGCACAGAAAAUGCCUAAUUAUGUAGAGCACUAGAAUUGCCAAUACGUUUUAUAGGAUUUUGAAUUAUUCCAUAGUUUUUAUUAAAAUAUUUUGUAAUUUAGACGAAGAAAACAUCUAUGAUUGCCUUUGAUAUUAAAAUCGUAAAAGUUAUUUAUGAAAAUUGUAACUUCCUUGCAACAUGGACGUGCUGAUCAUUGCCAAAUUGACAUACGUUUUUAGGAUAACACACAUAUUUUUGUACUAAAAAACUGUUAAAACCUUACAAAAUGAAUUAUAUAUAUAAAUACAUAUUUUAAAUAUAUAUAUAUAUGUAUACACCUAAUAUAAAUCUUAGGUAUGAAUUAAAUUGUAUUACGAAUAUUG